GCAUCUAUUUCCACAACCAGUCGGCCACCAGUCGCGAUAUUGGACGCGUUAAAACGUUUUAUAAUUCGCGAAACAAAUAUUUUUUUACUGAAAUAUGGAUAAUUUCGAUACGGAAAGAUUUAUAGAAGAAAUAGAAAACAGACCACCUCUAUGGGAUAAUACUUUAGAAGAAUAUUCUAAGAGAGAACUGAAAAAGCAAUGUUGGGAUGACAUUGUUGAUAUAUUCGGCGGCAAGUCCUUGACAGCUACGGAGCGGAGAAAUGCCGAAAUAACGCUACAAAAAAAAUGGAAAGGUAUUCGAGGCUGUUUCACACGUGAGCUCAAAAGACAGGAGAAGCUAAAGGCUGGAGAUUUUCCAGGGCCAAGGAAGUCUGAAUACACGCAUUUUCAACAACUACAAUUUCUUCGUAAAGUCGUUAUAUCAAGAGACUCCGAUGAAGCGCCAGACUAUAUUUACUACGAAGUCCCAGAUUUUACAGACAUUAAGAAAGAAGAUGACGACGAUGACCCUUUGCAAGAGGACAGGUACAGACGAGCAAAAAAAGCGAAGUACGAAGACGAUGAUGAAGACAAAUUAUUUCUCUUGUCGAUGCUAAGUACGUUGCAGAGUAUACCUGUGUCUAAGAAGAUAACUACUAAAAUCAAACUGUUGACUGUUCUAGAAGAAGCGACGAGAAACACAGACGAUUAGGAAUGUUUAGGACAACGCAACGAGUUCCGAUUUCCUAAUCCCGAGUUCCUUCAAUUACAGUGGAUGUUUUGAAUACGGAACUGACGGGGACGUGGUCUCACUCGCACAACUGCAUGGGAUAUUAUGAUGCCUCUGAUGACGAGACGGACUGAAG